CUCCUUCCUAUCUUUUUUUGGGUUACAUUUCUCCUUCCUUUCUUUAAUGAACAAAGUUGUAGUAUCUUUGGGAAUUAUGCUAACUGCUGCUUGAUUUUCUUUUUUUUUCCGCAAUAUAUUAAAUAUAUAUAUACGUAUUGUUAAUUAUUCACUGGAGAGAUGGUAAAUAGAGCGGUGACGAUGAUAGCAGCGGCUGUGGUGUUAUGGGAGGCGGCGGUGAUGGUGGAUGUCUGUUGGUGUUCGAACAACGAGAAUAUGAUGGAGAAUGCAAAGAAGACAGUGAAUGAUGCCAAUGAGGCUUAUGGAUUGAAACAGGGGCACGCAAGAGAAGUAGAGACAAUGGACCCUGCCGUAUCCGGGAAGUCAGAUGAUGUCAAUAACAUCAUGGCUUUAUAUAUAGACUCGGAUUGGGCUAGUGAUGUUAAAGAUGCUAUGGCAAGAGGAAUGGAGUAUGGAAGAACCAGAAUUAGUAAUGCUAAUGAAGAAGAAGCCAAACGAGAAACAGAGACGCUUGAAAAUAUUCCUGUACAGAACGGAGGUGAUGCCAUAGAGGCUUUAGAAGGACCGAUGGGAUAUGGAUCAUGCGACGAGAUGGAUGACUUUUAUCAAUCUAUAAAUAAAGUCGGGGAGGCAUAUAGGUCAUCCAAAGAGACAAUGUCUGGUGAGGCAAAAGCUAAGUACGAAUCCGCCAAGGAGAGGAUGUCUAAGGCCACUGGUGCUGUUGGAGACGAGAUGAGAAAAGAAGCAGCAGAGGUUUGAGUAUAACUACCACUUUUUACAUACUAUCUUCAUAUGAGUCCUUGUUAUCGGUCUAGUUUCUUAUUUAAUUUUUUUUAACAAGUACUAUUUGAAUUGUGUGCGUGUGUGUAUGUCAAUUACAAUUUUCAAGUACAAUAUCAGCUGGUGCUUUUCUCAAUUUA